AUUAAGCUUCAAAGUUUGCUUCCUGUGGAUCCUAUUGAAGAAUUUGACUCCUGGGCCUGGGGAGAACAUCCUAAUGGCCUGGGAUACAAAGCAAGGAAUAGUCUAACUAAAGAGCAAUGUGUUUUAAAUCCUACAACUGCUGGAACAGUUCAUUGCAGAAAUUAUGAUUACUCUUACCCUGUGGAUAUAUGUAUUAAAUACCCUGAGAUUGCUGGUCUUAAAGUAUGCCAAGGUAACCGGUAUCCAGCCGAAGUUUGUGCCAGCAGUCUCACAUUUGCGCUGCUAGAGGGAUGUGCAGGUACUGAAUAUCCUGCUGAAGUAUGUGCUAGUAAUAUCCAGUUUGCUCUACUUGAAGGAUGUGCAGAUGCUCUCUACCCCAAAGAGUUCUGUGUUGCCAACCCUGUUCUUGUUUCUGCUAAAGGAUGCCAGAAGUAUUUAGCAGAUAUUUGUUCUUUGGAUGUUAAGCUAGCAUUGAGUCCGCCAUGCGCAGACGCACAAUAUCCCAAAGAUUUCUGCUUGGGAAACCCUGUACUUAUCUCAGCUAAGGGAUGUGAGCAGUUUAAAGGAGACAUAUGUACUUCAAGCCUUGAGUUAGCUGAGAGUUCUUCUUGUUCAGGUGCAGCUGAUCAAAUUACAAGAAAGCAAUGUACAUCCAAUGGAGAUAUCUGCAGAGCUAAAAUAUGUGAUAAAAGAGUUCCAAAUAAAGAUUUCUGUAAAGCUUGAUCUUGGAGAUUGGUUUCUUAAUACCUUUAAACCUAUAGAUACAGGUUUCUGCAACCUAACCCAAGAUACAGGUUUCAGAAACCCUAAUCCUUGGUAAAGGUUUCUAAAACCCUAAUCCCGGAUACAGAUUUCUUAAACUUGGAAUCUUUAAAAUGGAACCAGGGGUUUUAAUGUCCUUGCGUUAAAAUUGUCAAAUCUCAUUAGAAUCUGUUAAUUAAUAUUGUUGUUAAACCUGAAUAACUAUUUAGAAAAUAAAUGAAAAGAAUAAUUA